GGGACGCCGCCUUUAUGCAGUGCUCGUUUAUAGUGCGACUAAUGGACCGCCUUUACACGCCUUCAGCUCCAGAAUCAGGGAGAGAUUGCUUCACACACGCGCGGCACACACACACCCAUUCAGAGGUUGACUCUCCGCGUUCGUGUGCGCGCUCCUUGUAAAUCUCCAACCUUGGGGAAUCGAAUAGGAAGACACUUGUAGCACAGAGCGAUGAAGAUCAGUGCGCAUAGGACGCUCUUUGUGUUCAUCAAACCGUGACAAUAUUUAAAUAUAUGAUCAUUUACUGAACGGAUCUCCAAACUUUCAAAGACCCGACUGAUGUGGACAGAUGUGCUGAUCCAGACCUGAAUCAGCCGAUCAUCAAGACAAAACAGAAGAGGAAGACCACUUGAGGAGAAGAGAAAGACAGAAGGGCGGUAGAAAGUGAAGGUAGAGGAAGAAAGAGAGAGAAAUGAUGGAUCCGUUACCUGUGGAUUCAGGAACAGUGGAUGAGUUGGUGGACAUCUGCAUACAAUCCUUCGACAAUGCAGGGACAAUAAAAAAUCCCUCCUUUUUGAAAAUGUUUCUGAUGAUGCAUCCUUGGUACAUAUCUUCCACCGAUCUGUCCAAGAAACUGCUGCUAAAGUCACAGGAGGGCAGCACUGAUGAGAUCAGAGCCCAAAUAUGCCAUCUUGUAAAGUUCUGGAUUUCUGAAUUCCCUGUAGAGUUUGAUCUGAAUCCUGCUUUGGCUGACCAGAUUAAAGACCUGAGAGAGAACCUGAACACCGGCGGCAAUGAAACACAGAGUCAACUUAUUGAUGUAGAGAGUGUGCCCUCGUAUAAAUGGAAACGACAAGUUACCCAAAGAGUUCCAUCAAUGUCAAAAAAGAGAAAAAUGUCCCUUUUGUUUGAUCACCUGGACCCUUGUGAGCUUGCUGAACAUCUGACCUAUCUGGAGUACAAAUCUUUCUGCAAGAUAAUGUUUCAGGAUUACCACAGCUUUGUGAUGCACGGCUGUACAGUAGAUAACCCAAUUCUGGAGAGGUUUAUUACACUCUUUAACAGCGUCUCACAAUGGAUUCAGCUGAUGGUUCUCAGCAAACCCACUGCCCCGCAGAGAGCUGCCGUGAUUACACACUUCAUACAGCUCGCACAGAAACUACUGCAGUUGCAGAAUUUCAACACGUUGAUGGCGGUGGUCGGGGGUCUCAGUAAUACCUCCAUCUCUAGGCUGAAGGAGACACAGGCACACAUCAGCAAUGAAACCAAUAAGAUCUUUAACAGUUUGUUGGACCUGGUGACAUCUUGUGGUAACUACAGCCAAUACCGGCGCCGAUUCGCUGAAUGCACUGGAUUUCGUUUUCCAAUCCUGGCUGUUAACCUCAAGGACUUGAUAGCCGUUCAUGUUGCUCUGCCCGACUGGACAGACAAACAGAAGACUCGUGUCAACUUGGCCAAAACUCAGCAGCUCUAUGCGAUCCUGCAGGAAUUAGCCCUCGUGCAGAACACUCCCCCAAACAUUGAGGCCAACACAGACUUGCUCAAUCUACUUACAGUGUCACUGGAUCAGUACCACACAGAAGAGGAGAUUUAUCAGCUCUCAUUACAGAGAGAACCCAGAGCUGCAAAACCUGCGAACUCAACACCUUCCUCCAGUCCAGCUCCUAAACAGCUGUCAAUGAUUGAUGAAUGGGCAGCAUCAGUGAAGCCUAAAGCUAAUCCUGUUAUUAUCAGCAAACAUAUCGAGAAGAUGGUGGAUUCUGUGUUCAAGAAUUUUGACUCAAACGGUGAUGGCUUCAUCUCACGUGAAGAGUUUGAGUGCAUCAGGAAUAAUUUUCCAUAUCUCAGCAAGUUUGGAGAACUCGAUAAAAAUCAGGAUGGAAAGAUCAGCAGGGAGGAGAUGAUAGAUUAUUUUAUGAAGGCCAGUUCUUUGCUCAAUUGUAAGAUGGGCUUCAUACACACCUUUAUAGAGACCACAUACGUGAAACCCACCUUCUGCGAACACUGCACCGGCUUUAUAUGGGGCUUUUAUAAACAAGGAUACAAAUGCAAAGUUUGUGGGGUGAACUGUCACAAAGCAUGUCAUGGACGUCUGACAGUUGAAUGCCGUAAAAGAACGAAGAGCAUCAGUCAUGAGACACCACCAUCAUUACAGUCCAGAUCCUACAGCUUUCCUCUGCCCAGUAAUGCUCAAUCAAACCUGCAGAACACAGUCAUCACAGAAGAGGAUGUUGAGGCAGCUGAACAGGGUGUAUUUGACUGUCACCUUUAAACUGGUAAACCAACAUUCUGCUUGACUAAUCACUGUAUAAAAACAUUUCUCAAAAAAAAAAAAGAAGCUAAGUAUUGAACAUUGCAUAUAAUAUUGUAUUGUUAACUCAACAUUGUUAACUGUAUGAUGUACAGACUUUUAUCUGAUUUCACGAAUGGUCAGCAUGUCAACAAGUAUUCUUGUGUUGGGGCAAAUUUCUUCCAAUCACAACCUCACCGCAACAAUGUUAAAGAAAAAAGAGCUGAUCCGAAUCAGGAAAGUUAUCAAAUUUUGGGUUCGACUGUGUUCUCUAUCACAGCCUGACACACAUCAUGAGACAUAGACAUGCUGCUAUCUGCUGGACUGAAGCUGCAACUGCAGACCAGAUCAAUCGCCUCUUCCCUCUGAAGUCUGAAUGUAAUCUCAAACGUAUCUCAAGCAUAUUUGUAGGAUUUAUCAUUAUGGUGUAUAUUUUUCCCAGGCUCCUGAAAUGCCUUGUAAGUUAACUUUUAUAAAUGAUAUUUAAAAAAAACAAAAAUAAAAACAAAAAACAAAGAAAAAUAGAUGAAAAAGAGAAGGGGGAAAUUUCUGUCAUUUAUCAUGUGACCUUAAUGAAGAGUACGUUCCUUCAGUUACCAUGUUCUGAGUUACAGAAAUGUACAUUUUGAUUAGAGUACAUUUUUUAAAAGUACAUUCACUGAAGUAAAGACAUCUUCUGACAUAACCAAAGCAGUUCUGGCUGAAUUUCAGUGUAAACUUAAGGUGGCAUAGAUCUAAUGUGUUUGUUUGUGCCUGAAAUAUAGUUGGUAUUAUGCAACCAGCCGUUAUGUUCUUUAAAUCUUUGAAUUUAUUAAAUUAAAAUGGGAGAUUAAUUAAUUCCCAAUUAAUUUAUCUUGAGUUAACUGCAAUAAAAGAUAGUCAUAGAUAUUACAGCUGUAAUUGGUGCAUCAAAAUCUUUGUCAUCCAUGUUGAAUGUAGGUUGUCAUAAAAAAAAAAAAACUAAAAAAAAACAAUGAUAUAAAAAAGGCAGUCAUAUAGAAUUACAUUGAAACACCCUCCAUUCACAUAAAUAUUAAGCAUGAACAAGAUUUUGAACAGAAACAAUAAAUUCCUGUGGAGCUAUUUACACCAGGACAGUUUUUUUUUCUUCAUUUAGUGUGUCAAUACCUUCAUCUGGGGAAGGAACAUGCUGGUAAAUAAGAUAAAAUCUUUGGGUCUCGUGUCCAGAGAUUUUGCCCUCUGCAUAUCUGAGCAUUAAACGUUAACUGAUAAAGAAUUUGAAUUAAUUCAAAGGGUCAAACAUAAUCACUCGUGAUCGUUUGGAUGUAACAUGGCAUGCUGAAUGGUUAAAUGGCUUUUAAUGACCCAUCAACUGUAUGAUCUCAGAUCAGCUAUGUUGAGGGCAGGAUGGCUGCACCACGCGUUUGCGUUGCCAUUGUUUGUGUAGUGAAAAGGACACCUCUUCCUUGCAUACUUCACUCUAAAGUCUAUAUAGAAAUAUAUAGAAUAUGGAAAUAAAUAUGAAAAUUAGAUCUUAAUGAGGAAAUACAUCAAAGUGUUUUUUUUUUUUUCUCUCUGAGAUGAUCAAAAAAUUUUUAUUAUUUAUUUAAUUAGAUUAUGAUUACAAGUAGUUCUAGUAGUUCUAUGUUCAAAAGAUUCCUUUUAUUAAAAAUUCUGCCUCUGUUGCUGUGAGAUGCCAAAGGCAUCUGUUCACAACACUAGGUCCAUAUUUCACAUUUGGGAAUAUCCCUGUUCUCUCUCUUUUUCAAUAUAUGUUGUAGCAGUUGUUGUUAAGAUGAAAUUUCCAAAAUUCUUCCAAUGAUCUGAGAAACUGUCAAUAUUAGUCUGGGAAAUAUGACUAUAUGACAUUAGGCAUGUACUGUAACUCAUGUAUUGUAUGCAUAUUAAAAUAUCCUGUUAUGUUGAAUGUUUUGUUUUUAUAUGUACAGAAAUAUCUGAGAAUGCAUUUUACAUUUAAGUAAAUUUGUUGUGUUGCACACUGAAAUAUUGUUUGUUCUGUAAUACAAAAGAUGAUUUUUCCUUGGUGAUAAUUGAAUGUAUUUUUCUCAUGCAACUACCUUUUAAUGUGCAGGUCUGUAGGAAUCUUUCAGUGACAAUAAAUAUUGCUAUAUCAAAAUA